UGUAGUCAAACUUCAAAGCUUUUACGUGAGUUUGCUAUGGAUGUUUAUGUUAUGCCAUUACUUCAUUUUUCGAUAAAAUUGUGGUCGUUAUAAUUAUUUUUAAAAUGAUAAUAAAACCUAUAACAUUAUUAAAAAAAAUAUUUAUUAUGGCUGUGUUCGUUAGCAUAUUUCUUUUAGUAUUCUUCUGGCCGAAAAUGGAAAUGUUAAGCCAUGACGGCCUUACAACUACAAUAAUAUCGAAAGGCAUCCGCGUUCCGGCGAAGAACAAAGUAUGCUACGUGGACUACCAAGACCACAGAGAGAACAUGAACAAGACUGAUCUGAAAAUGAUAUACUAUGUGACGCCGACGUACCCGCGCCCGGAGCAGGUGCCGGAGCUGACGCGGCUCGCGCACACGCUUAUGCACGUGCCCAGGAUACACUGGAUCAUCGCCGACGACCAGCCCCUUUGCUCCGACCAAGUAAUAUCGCUGCUCAGGCGGACGGGCCUGCCGUACACACACAUUUCGAGUCCUAAGCCUUACGUGUACGUUGGGACUAACUACCCCCGCGGAGUGUCCAACAGGCGGGCAGCAGUGAGAUGGCUCCACGAGAACGCUCACGACGGUGUCAUGUACUUCGGGGAUGACGAUAAUACAGUCGACUUGCAAUUGUUUGACGAAAUCAGAAGUACUAAGAAGGUUUCAAUGUUCCCCGUUGGUCUGAUCGGCGGAUACGGAGUGUCUACUCCGAUAGUCAAAAAUGGAAAGGUGGUCGCCUUUUUCGACUCGUGGCCGGGUUCUAGAACAUUCCCGGUGGACAUGGCCGGCUUCGCUGUUAACCUGGAGUUCCUGUCUGCCGCCGCCACGAUGCCCUACAACGCGGGCCACGAGGAGGACAAAUUCCUUGUCAGCUUAGGUUUGAAAAUUGACGAUAUAGAGCCACUAGCGGACAAUUGCUCCAAGGUCCUAGUGUGGCAUACCAAAACGGCUAAAUAUAAGAAACCCGCCAUAAGAAUCGACAUUGAUAAAAUAGAUCAUCAUCUGAAAUAUGAAGCUUUUGCUAAUUUGCUCAAAGAAACCAGUAGGAUGGGUAUGGCUGACAUUUUCCCCGAGAACGGUACAAAAGCGUACAUAAUAAGGAAUCGAAGGACGUACGAACCACUCACCGGACUGCACUAGUCGUUUAUAGAUAAUGCUUUCGAAUGAAAUGCCUUAUUCACAAUUACUGUGAUGUUGCAGUUUCUAUGUGGUAGGUUUUCAUUUUAAUUGGGUAUUAGGAUCACGAAAUGACAAUAGGAUGGAAAAGCAAAAACUAUUAAGUUUAUCUUACCAAUCGCAUGACAAUUAUGCCUCGUUUGAUAACAUCGCAAGACUACAUACUCAAACGUGUUUGAAAUAAUUUAUAAAUACAUAUACGCGAUACACAACACGCGUAGUCCGUUGAACGUUUGUCGUUUGGAUCCUUUACACGUUGGCCAAUAGAUUAAGGGUCUCAGAGACGGCCCAUACGCCUAUACGCGUAGAUAAGACGUAGAAAGGGAUUUUAUGGUUAUGUUGAUAGGUCUAUGAGUGUCAGUUGGUGUUGGGCAUCACGACGCAAGCAUGUGAGUGUUGAUCUCACAACACAGAUUAAAGGGGUUAGUUGAAUAAUGGCCACUACGUCUACACGUGAUUUGGUCCAAAUAUUCAUUCAGAUUGGCAAACAUGAAGAUGAGUUUACAAUUUCAUACCAAGUAGGUAAUAUUCGUUUUAUAUUUUAACCUAAAUUAAAUUACACUUUGCAUUUGUUAAAGGAUUUAUAUGAAGCACCAACAUUGACACGCCAUAUUGUAUAAUACAUAGAGUAGAUAAUAUUAUAAAGUUAAGGUAUGGUUAGCUAAAUUAAUUAUUUUGUGAAAUAUGACAAAAUAAUUACCUUGAAUCCCUGUGCAAUAUUUUGAAUUUGCUUGUGUGAAUAUUCGGUUAUUACAAAUUGGACUAACACUUUUAUAAAGUUCGAUGCGAAAUUAAAAAUCGCACACAAGUUAGUCAUUAUUCAUUAGUUAUUGUUGAUAUUAUUUUAUUAGUCCCAAAAAAAACUUAAGUUUAUUUUAAA